AUGUGGUAUGGUGUGUUCCUGUGGGCACUGGUGUCCUCCCUCUCCUUUCACAUCCCUGCUGGAUUACUGGCCCUCUUCACCCUAGAACAUCCCAAAUAUGGUAGUGCAGCCAUUGCUGGAGUUUACCGAGCAGCAGGGAAGGAGAUGAUACCAUUUGAAACCUUGACCUUGGGCACUGGACAGACAUUCUGUGUGUUGGUGGUCUCCUUUUUAUGGAUUUUAGCCGCUCUAUAGCAUACACCCUUAGACUGUGAUGUCCAACCCAAGUUUUCUAGAA